AUGAAAGUUAUUUAAAGAUUUGUAGUGAUGCUAUUUUAGAUCAACGGACUAGGAUUUUCUAUUUAUUACUAUUCAUUGAGUUCAGAAAAUAGCAAUUUGGCUUAUUUGAUUCUACAAUCUAUUCUAGGUUUGAUCCUGUUAUAUAUUUAAACCAAAAAUCAGAGGAUCUAAUAUAUAGGAAAUAUUAUAAUAAUUCAGUUUAGUCUUUUUUGGUAAGUCAUAACUAAUUAGAAGAAUAUAUAAUAUAACAGUGAAGCCUAGGUGAUAAUAGCUCAUUUUUUAACAACUUAAUUAUUCCAAGAUUUUAAGAGAUUUUAAGAGUAAUAAAUUCAACUAAGAUAUCGACUAAUUUGGUUCCUAUUAUUGCUAUAGUCUACUUUUUUUUAAAUUCUUUACAUUUCUCAAACUUCUGAAAUUAACUUAUCUUACUGUUAAGGAAUUAUAUGCUUGUUAUUUUCAUUUGCAAUUAAUUACUCAAUUUGUAUAAGAAAGCCUACUAUAAUAUAAACUAAAGCAAAUGAAUCAUAAUAUAAUAUAAAUUGUACUUAAGUAAUAAAAAGAAAGGAGAGAGUAUUAUCAUUGGCUGAAUCUGAGAAGAUAUCACCAAAAAGUAAUUAAUCUCCACAUUUUUAAUUAAUUCCAGAAUAAUCUCUUAUUGAUUAAUUCUUAAAUUCAAAUAUUUUAGAUGUAAAGAUGUAAUAUUCUCAUGAAGGUUUAAUUGCAUUAAGAUUGAAAUAAAAUAAUUAGGAUAUGGACAUAAUAUAUUCUAAUAUUGCUUCAAGAGCAUUAUUAUCUGUGAAUUCAUAGAAAGAAAUAAUAGAUAUUUUAAAUUCUUUUAGUAAUUUAAAUUAUAUUUAUCAUCCAAAUUAUGAUGAAUAUGAACUUCAUUUGAAACAUUCAAAAUAAUUAUGUAAUAAAAGUAUGGCAUUUUUAAAAAGUGAUUAAAUUAAUCAAUCACCUUAACUAUAUAUGUAUUAAACACAUUCUGAUAAAUAUUAAGUCUCUCAUCUUAAAGAUAUUUUUGAUAAAUUUCAAUCUGAUUAAUUUAAUGAAUCUUUUAUUAUUCAUGCCUUAUUCCCCAUUAAUAAUGUAACAAUGUCUUAAAGUGAAAAAUAAGUAGAAAAAUUAUUGGAAUUAACACUUAUUAAAAGAAAUGUUAAUUUGUAUUUCAUGUUGAUUAGAGAUAUUACACAUAAAUAAAAAAUUAGAUAUUUAAAAGAAUAUGAUAUGUAGAAAUCUAAAAUGCUUUCAUAUGUUAGUCAUGAAUAUAGAUCACCUCUUAAUUGUAUAAUUUAAAUGAUUGAAGAUGCACUUCAUUCUAAUUAAUUAUCAAAUGAUAUGAAUGAAAUUUUAUAAGCUGCUUUAGAUAAUUCAAAUUAUAUACUUAAUCUAUCUAAUGAUUUAUUAGAUUUAGCAUAAAUUAAAAAUGGUAAAUUUGCUAUUUAAAGAUCUAAAUUUAAUUUAAUAUAAUUAAUAAAAGAAGUUUUAAAACUAUUUGAAUUAAAAGCAAAAAUAACAAAUAUUAAUUUAUCCUUAUCAUUUGAUAAUACUGUCUCUUCUGUUAUUAUUUCAGAUAGAAAUAGAAUUAAAUAAAUCUUAGUUAAUUUGGUUAGUAAUAGUUUUAAAUUUGCAUCCAGUAAAAUUAUCAUCUUAGUUACUUCUAUUGAUUCUACUUCUCUAAGAAUUGGGGUACAAGAUGAUGGUAUUGGAAUAUCUGAAGAAGAUUAAAAAAAGUUAUUUAAAUCAUUUUCAAAGGUCAAUUCAGAAGAAAGUUCAAAACGUAAUGAAUAAGGUGUUGGACUUGGUUUAGUAAUUAGCAAUUAAAUAGCUAUAUCUAUAGGUUGUGGAGGUUUAUAAAUAGAUUCUAAGUAGAAUCAAGGUACUCAUUUUUAUUUCGAUUUACAUAUUUAAACCAAUAGAUUAAAGAAAGUCUCAAGUUUUAGAAUUAAGGAGAUCUCUGCAUCAUUUUAAGAAGUUGAUGAAGGGUAAGCAUUCCAUGUUGCUGAAGAUAAAAUUUACAUUGAUUUAGAACCACCUCCUUUAAGAUGUAAACAUAUGUUAUUAGUUGAUGAUGAAGUCUUUAAUAUUUUUACUUUUACAAAAAUAUUAAAUAAAAAGUAUUUUAUUUUUUUCAAUAUUUUUAGAAACAUAACUGAUAUAGAUUCUGCUUCUAAUGGAAAUGAAUGUAUUUAAAAAGUUAAGAACAAAAAAUGUUCUACUUUAUGUACAGGAUAUAGAAUCAUUUUUAUGGAUCUCGAGAUGCCAAUUUUAAAUGGUUUGAAUGCUGCUAAAUAAGUAUUACAAUUAAAUCCUCAUCAAAAUAUUGUUGCAUGUUCUGGUUACAUUGACAAUUAUGAAAAAGAGAACUGUUUAAAAAUUGGAAUGAUUGAUUAUUUAGUGAAGCCUAUUAGAGAUCAUGAGCUCACUUUUGUUCUCAAUGCCUAUUAUUUUUGA